CCGAGCUGGUGAGCGAUCACAUGAGUGAAGAUGGCUGCUUCAGUGACAGUGGAGCAGUUCACAGUAUUGCAGCUUCUGCUAAAGGCCCCCUCGAAGGAGGCUGUGAAGCAGCUCUGUCAGGAUGGGUUCUCGUGGCGUGGGACUGGCUAUGUUGAGAGCACAGCCAACAGCUUGUCAAUCACAGCCGAGGAGGCAAAGCAGCUGCUUGGAGCUCUGCACAGUCUCUCUCACCACGUGUUGUUCCAUGGCCUAUCUUCUCCUGAACGGCUCCUCGCUGUCUUCCCAGACACCUUCCACCCCAGUCUGAAGAACCUGCUCACCAAGAUCCUCCUGGAGCACAGCCCUACAUGGAGAAAUGAAGCCCUUUCCAAUCAAAUUUCCUUGCCUCAGCUGGUGGAUAUGGACUGGAGAGUGGAUAUCAAAACGGCUUCAGACUCUAUAGCCAGGAUGGCAGUGCCCACCUGCCUAGUGCAGAUGAAGGUCCAGGACGACCCCUGUCUGUGUGGGCUGAGGCCGGGGGUUUCCACGGUAACUGUAGAGCUCAGCAAGGAGACCCUAGAGACCAUGCUGGAUGGGUUGGGGCGGAUCCGGGACCAGCUCUCCGCCGUUGCCAGCAAAUAGACCUUAGACAGCAGAGAUAUGCACGUGCUGAGGAAAAGCAGUUUACUUGUCCUUCUUGUGCUGUGCCAAUUAUAAUGGACCAUAAAAGGACAGUUCAGUGCUUUUUAGGCACUUCCCCUUCAACAUCUCUGAAACCGUUUAAGAUAUAGACUUCAUAUGUGUUAUAAAAAACCUGCAGGUAACCAUGACUAAUAUAUGAUUAGUAUUUUAUGUAAUUGUCAGAAUGCAGCCACAUGACUUUUUGGUUUCCAAACAAUAGGGGCCACAUGCUUUGAGGUGUUGACUUCAGAUUUACACAGCUGUGUUCUGGGAUUCUCUUGAUCAAGUUAUCAUCAUUUUAUUCUUCAGCGUGCUGCGAAUGUAGAAUAUUUUUCACAGUAGUGACACCUGAGUGGUUGCGAUUUUCAAGCUGUAACUUGCUCUCUGAAAUUAUAGUAAGUGUUCCUUUUAAAAUAUGUAAAAAAUAAAAAUAAAAAUAGA